AUGCCGGAGCACGGAGAGACUCAAUGCAAGGGUGGGAAGCGAGGUGUCCUGGCCAGCCGACGAUGGAAGCUGAUCGCCGGCCUCUUCUUCAGCCUGUUGGUCGCGGCUUACAUCGGGCUGGUGGGAUACUUCGCCAUUUACAGGAGCUUCCUCCAAGCAGACAGGUGCUAUGAAUCAGCAAACGGGCCUUUCAGCCCAGGUGGAGAUCUGCUUGAAUAUUUGCUUCAAAGUGGAAUUAUUGAGAGGAAGGAUGGCCUACUGGUGACGUGGCACCAUGCUGCAAACAGCAAGCACCAGAUGGAAAAAGCUCUGAACGGUAGUGCCAUGGUCCUGGAAGCUGAUGUCAACAUUGAAGGACUCAACACUCGAAAUGAGACUGGCAUCCCUAUCAUGGCUCAUCCACCUGCAAUCUACAGUGACAACACCUUUCAGGAGUGGCUGGACAUUGUAAUCAGUUCCAAAAGGGGUAUGAAAUUGGAUUUCAAAAGCAUUGAUGCAGUGAAUCCCUCUCUGGACAUCCUGAUGAAGAAGGGAAACGAGAUAUGCAUCAACAGACCAAUUUGGUUAAAUGCUGAUAUUCUCAUUGGCCCGAACGUUCCACAAUUCAUUCAGCCCGUCAAUGCCUCCAGGUUUCUGAGUCUUAUUCAGCAGAAGUUUCCAAAUGUCAUCCUCUCCCCUGGCUGGAUGACGCUUUACUUACCACUGAUUGCAACCAAACCCUACACUCGAAAGAUGGUGGAGGAGAUGUACGAUCUGGUCAAGGGUCUAUCGCAACGUGUCACAUUUCCAGUCAGAGCUGUGCUGCUGAAGCGAGCCUGGCCACAUUUUAGUUGGCUGCUCAAGCAAUCACCGAGGUACAGUCUCACUCUGUGGCAGGGAUCAAUUGAUUUCAUCACUGUGGAAAAUCUCUUAUUCUUCAGAGACAACAGCAACAUUGAACAAAUCUAUUACGACAUUUAUGAACCAAUUUUGUCACAAUUCAAACAAAUUGCAUUGCAGACGAAUAGAAGCAGAAGGUUUUACCCUGGCGGGAACAUAUUGGACUACUUUCCCCAUGAACAUAUCCAAGAAUUAGAGAUCGAUUGGCUCAACAUUGGAGCCACGUUUUUGGACUUCUCAAAACUUCUGCAAGGAGACACUGGAGGGAUGCUCGUUUUGAACGUGAAGAGUAAAAGCAACGCUAUUCCAAUGGUGGAAAGUUCCAAACCCGGAUCAGAAUUCCCUUUGGAAUCUGUUCUAAAUCAGGUCUUCCUUUCAUCGAAACUGUGGGGCCUUUACCUAAAGAUAAAAACCAGGCAGGCACUCACUCCAACCCUGUAUCUGCUCCGUCAACUUUAUAGAGCACAUGUUCUCCGCAUACCCAUAUGGAUCAGCAUGGAUCUCUCUUACGGCAACUUUAGCACCCCAGGCUAUAUUGAAGGAAAUCAAUUCAUCAAUACCAUCAAUAAAAUAUUUCCUUUUGUAACUAUCGCUCCAAGUUGGCCAGCUGAAGCACUUGUCGAUGGCUACACACAACCAUUAGUGGAAGAUAUGCUGAGCCUCUGUCGGGGGUUGUGGCAAAUGGUGUCCUUCCAGCUUCAGGCUGUUCCUUUAUCUAAAUCAGCGCAGAUACCCGUCCGCCUGCUGCAGGCGUCUCCCAGCUACACUCUGACAGUGGAACACCUACACACACAAGGCACAUACGGGGAUGGAUUUCCAGGGCUAAUCAAAAUUCGACUUCACAGUAGUCGGCGGAUUUAUUACCGAUUACCUCCAGAUUAUAAAAACAACUUCAUGAUUGAUGUUUUCACUUCAUAAAAAUGGUUUCCAACCCUCUGAAUUUAUAUUCACAUAUUCCUGCCUUUCAGGCAAAUCAUUUAUAAGCUCCAAAUCAGUAGCCCUUAGAGGGAUCCACAGAAUUUGUUGGUUAAUUUGUUGCCCAGUUGUAAGCUGCAUCAUCUUAAAUUUUCAUUUUUCAUUAGAUUAAUCAUUAUUUAAGCUUUUGUUACCAAAGGUAAUUUUCUGAAUAUUGAUUGU